CCUUUUUCCAGCGAAUACCACUUCAAUCCACUACUGUUACGAAUAACCACAUGGGCGGCCUGGGAGGCUGCAGCCGCGUGAGGUAUGGGGCGUGCCCCAGCCAAUCAUUCAAGAACAAGACAGAUGCCAAUCACAAGGGGAGCGUGCGGUCUUGGCAUCGCUCCCGAGGAGCGAAGGGACAAAAGGACGCUCCCAGGAGCGAUGGGAGCGUGAUGCGCUCCCAGCGCUCCACAAAGGGCAAGCUUAGGACAAAAGGAAACUCUUCAGUAUAUUAGCUAGCUAGUCACUCCCUCAGGGGGGGACCUCCAGGAGGUUCCCCAGUAAGCAAUGCAAGCAG